CCCGUACACUGUUCGAUCUCUUCCGCUCUGCCAUGUCUUUGGGAAAGCCAUUGCUAAUAGAUGCCCGAGGGCAUCUGUUGGGUCGUCUUGCCUCUAUUACGGCAAAGACAAUCCUACAAGGGCAGCGUGUUGUACUAGUAAGAUGUGAAGGCAUUGUGAUAUCUGGCAGCCUGUACAGAAACAAACUCAAGUUCUUGCAGUUUCUUCGCAAGAGAACAAAUACCAAACCAUCCCGUGGUCCAUUCCACUUCAGAGCACCCAGCAGAGUGUUUUGGAGGGUGGUUCGUGGUAUGUUGCCACACAAACUGAAGCGUGGUUCAGACGCAUUGGAUAGACUCAAAGUCUUUGAAGGAAUACCAGCUCCUUAUGACAAACAAAAACGUUUUGUAGUUCCCUCAGCUUUGAAGGUUCUUAGAUUGAAGCCAUACAGAAAGUUUUGUCAGCUGGGACGUUUGUCAUCAGAUGUUGGCUGGAAGUAUGCCGGUGUCAUUAAUGUGUUAGAAGCUAAAAGAAAAGCAAGAUCAAAGAUUAGAUAUAAUAAGAGAAAACAAGAAAAGAGACUCUGGAAAAAAGCAUCUGAAGCUGUGGCAGAUAAACUUGCUCCAUAUCAGCAGAUUAUUGAGGGAUAUGGACACACAUAAAUUGAGUUUGUAAGAAUGUAAAGAACAAGAAAUAAACAACAUUUAUUGUGAAA